AUGCCCCCCGAAACAACAGACAAGCAUGCCGCUGCCCAACAAGCCGUGGAUAUUCUCCACGAGAUCUCAACAAUUCUGAACUGCCACCUAGACCGCCGGACUCUAUCCAUUUGUAUCUCAAUGAUUGAGCGUGGUGUGAACCCCGAAGCCUUAGCUCAAGUGGUCAAGGAUCUACGACAGGAGGCUCAAGCAGUAGAACAGCAAGCCGCCACUAGGCAAUGA